AUGUCGUGGGACUUCGUUUUGCCCGUUAGCCUGGGUGACCUGGUGAAGACGGGGGGGAUCAACCAGUAUGUUGUUCAGGAUGUGGUCUCUCCGAAACAGCUACCUUCCCAUCUCAACAGUUUGAAGGCAGCUUUGAGAAGCCAAGGACCUUUGUGUAUCUUGGAGCAUUUCGACACGGGUUACAGUGUGCUGCAACAUUUCAACAAUGUGGACUUGAGUGUGAAAGAGGAUACCCUUGAAUUACUUGUACAAGUGGUCAGUGGACUGUCGGUCUCUCUGCCCUCACUCCUCCUCUCCAGCUCCUUCUCAGCUGCUGACCGCAAACAGCAGCUUAAUGCAGUCAAAAUGAGUGUAUUCCUGCUCUGCAAACUCACAGAGAUUCUUGAGAGUGACUCCUAUAGACAAAGCAUUGUAAUGGGACCUGGAAAGACUGGUAAAAAGGGCAAGGCGAGUGGAGACGGGCUACAGCAGUGGGAUUCUGAAAGGGAGACAGUGCUACAGGCCCUUGUCCAGCUUCUCCAACUGGACAUCCGGUCCCUCUGGAGCCUCUCCCUGGUGGAAGAAGAGUUCAUUAGCUGCGUGACUUGCUGCUGUUAUAAGCUACUUGAGAACCCAGCCAUCAGUCAUGUGAAGAGCAAACCCACCAGAGAUGCGAUAAUCCACCUGCUGGGUUUGCUGAUCAAGAAAUACGGUCACCUCCUGGGUGCCAGUGUAAAGGUGAUCCAGCUGUUGCAACACUUUGAACAGUUGUCAUCUGUAUGUGCCCAAGCAGUGUUUGUGUGGAGCACAGAGUAUGGAGUUAGGUCUAUCAUAGGAGAAGUAUUAAGAGAGAUUGGUCAAAAGCCAAGCGAGGAGCUUGUCAGAGAAGGUUCAGGAGUCAAAGCCUUUUCCUCCUUCCUGUCUGAGCUCGGAGCCCUGGUGCCUGAAUUGAUUAUUCCAAACAUCAGUGUACUCAUCACACACCUGGAAGGAGAGAGCCCCAGUAUGCGUGUAGCGGUGUGUGAGGUGCUGGGAGAAGCCCUUGUGCGAGUCCUGUGUGGGGAUGGACUGGAUGAAGCCGGUAAAGCUGACCGUGACCGCUUCUUUGAUACGCUACAGGAGCAUAUGCAUGACACACACUCCCACGUCAGGACACGUGUGAUUCAGGUCUACACGCGCAUUAUCAACAGCAAGGCACUGCCCCUGUGCAGGUACAGUGAGUUGAUGGGUCUUGCUGUGGGACGGCUGAUGGACAAGUCUAUAAAUGUGGUGAAGAGCGCCAUCCAGCUGUUGGCGGCCUUCAUUGCACACAACCCCUACAGCUGCAAGUUGAGUAGUGCGGAUCUGAAGAAACCCCUAGAAAAGGAGACAGUAAAACUCCUUGAGAUGACUGAGAAAUUGAAGGGGAAAACGCCUGUGGCAAUGAUUAGAGCAUCUGAGCUGUGGACUGCCAUGGAGCCUGAGCUACAGGUCAUUGUCAGGGCUGAGCUGGAGCCCACCAGUGAGGGAGAGAAGGAGGAGCAUGCAGAAGAGGAAGAAGAUGAGGCCAAAGAUGACAGGGCCACCGCUGUGCAGAUUGCUCAGUACCUCCGUGUCAAUAAAUACAGGAAUGCUGUCCGUCUUUGUAUAAAAGCCCAUAAUCGCUUCCCUGAGUCUGAGAUGUUUUCAUUAUUGUCCACUCUCACCCCAGAGACUCUAAUGGACACACUGGCUCAGCUCUUUAAAGGAACUGAUGAUGAGGACACUUCUGAGCUCAGUGAGAAUCUGCCCCAGACCCCCCAGAAGGAGGGAGAGAAAGAGUGUGGGGAUAGUGAGCUGAAGAAGCAGGAGAUGUUGGUCCAGUACCUGAAAGACACAGAAAGCUUUGCCUUACAGGUGGAGAGAUCCAUCGCUGUAAUAAACACCAUGCUCUACUGGAAAACCACCACAGUGGUUCAGGAGGCGGUGCAGUUCUGUGUGACGGUAUGCGAGUUCAAGGUUGCCAACUCUCUGAGCGGGGUAAGGAGGAUGCUGCCACUGGUCUGGUCAACUGAUGCUGCCAUUAAAGAUGCUGUAGUGCAGGCCUACAGACGCCUCUAUCUCAAUCCCCAGGGAGACACUACCAGGGCCAAAGCCCAGACUCUUGUGGACAGUCUCUCCGAGCUGAUCGUGGAUGCUUCUCUGGGAACCAUUCAAUGUCUAGAGGAGAUUGUGCAGGAGUUCUUCGGCAGUAGCAGCAGUCUACAGUCCACUGUAGUACAGGUGCUGUGGGAGAGAUUCACUGGCAAACGGGAGACUUCUGGUCUCUAUAGACGGGCCGCAGUUCUAUUGCUGGGCAUGGCAGCACGUGCAGAGAGGGAGGUGGUUCUAAGUAAUCUGGACACCCUUUGCCUGGUGGCUCUGGGUGAGAAAGUGGCGGAAGACUUCCUGCUGGCCAGAGACACUGUUAUCACCAUCAGCAACAUAACAGACCAUAUGAGGCAAUCGAAGGGCGCUCCAUUCAGACUAUCCAAAGAACAUCAGCUCUUCACCUACAUCACACAGGCCAUAGCUGAAGGUGUGGUGAAAGAGGACCCUCACUGGCAGAGCUUCAUGGAACAAGCCGUCCGGCUCCUGUAUUUCCUGGCUGAGUCUCCUGACCAGCUGUGCGCCUCUCUCCUCAAGCGCAGCGCUCACCUCUUACUGGAUCAGAUUAUAGAGGGCGGUGAGGUCAGCAAGGAUACAGGCCAGUCAGAAGGCAGCUCCCAGGACUCAGACGACCAGAAUCAACAGGUGAACUGUGUGUGUCUGGCCCAGCUGCUGGCUCUGUGUGGAUGUGUGGCGUUCUGGCAGUUAUCCCACCUGGAGCGCAGUGUGAGUACGGAGCUGCGGAGGAGGAGAGGAGAGACGGAAGAGAGGGAGGAGAAGGAAAAAGGUCCUUCUAACAAGGCUAAGCAGGUGGCCAGUGAGAGUGCAAUGGAGGAGGAGCUUGGGUUGGUUGGCGCCUCUGCAGAGGAUACAGAGGCUGAACUCAUCAGAAAAAUCUGUGAGACUGAAUUAUUAGCUGGGGAGAACCUGCUCUCUGCGUUUUUGCCCCUGUUGGUGAAAGUGUGUAGCUCCCCUGGCCGCUACCCCCAUCCACAGCUCACCACUGCUGCCUGUUUGGCACUGUCUCAGUAUAUGAUGCUCAGUCCAUCAGUGUGUGAAGAACAUAUCCGUUUGCUGUUCACUGUGCUGGAGCGCUCCCCUCUACCUGUGGUCAGGGCUAAUGCCAUCAUUGCCCUUGGAGACCUCACUGUCCGCUUCCCCAACAUCUUAGAGCCCUGGACUCAGAACCUCUACGCCAGGCUUAGUGACGAUGUCCCAUCUGUGAGGCAGACAGCAGUGACGGUACUGACUCAGCUGGUGCUCAAGGAUGUGCUCAAGGUUAAAGGUCAGGUCAGCGAGGUGGCUAUGCUUCUCAUUGACCCGCAACCACACAUAGCCAGCCUUGCCCUCAAUUUCUUCAACGAGCUGGCUACCAAGGACAACGCAAUCUACAACCUGCUCCCAGACAUCAUCAGUCGACUAUCUGAUCCCGAGAGAGGCAUAAGCCCGGAAGACUUCAACGCCAUCAUGAGACAGCUGUUCUCCUACAUCACCAAAGAAAGGCAGACUGAAUCUUUGGUGGAGAAACUGUGUCAGCGCUUCAGGACUGCCAAAACCGAGCGUCAGUGGUGUGACCUGGCCGUUUCCCUCUCUCUACUGUCUAUGUGCGAGCGUGGCUUGAAGAGGCUGCAGGAGUGCUGGGAGUGUUACAGCGACAAGCUGACCGAGCCCGGAGUCUACCAGCCUCUGCUUGCUAUCACCGCCAAGCUCCGCCGUGGAGCUAAACCUCAGCUCAAGACCCAGGUUGACGAAUUUGAGAAGCGGCUGACGGCGGUUCACACACGGGGUCUGGAGAAUGUGGAAAGCCCUGAGAUGGGGGGGGAGAACCAGACAGGAGGAGGGUCUGGUGAGAAGACGGCUACGCGGGGCAGGUCCAAGAGAGGUCAGGCAAAGCCUUCAGUUUCCGGUUGCAGCGAUGAAGACUUGGUGACUCCCAAAACCAACCGCAAAUCAAAGAAACCGGCCAUCGUCUUCAGCAGCGACGAGGAGCACGAAGAGGAUGCUGUGAUGGCGGAGAGUGAGACCCCUAAAGUGACGACACCCAUUGCCCGGACCACUCGACGAACUCGUCUCAGACACUGAUCUCGUUUUUUUUUUUCCUUUGGAUCAUCUGUAUGUAUGACACUUUGUUCCCGUCUAAAUAUUUGUAAUUACUUCAUAUU